ACAAGCGAAGAAGAAUGACUUCCUAAAACCACUGGCAGCUUUACGGUAGCCUGAUGCUAGGUUAGCUGUAGCAUUGUAUGUACGGGUGUAGCCUGUUUUAUAACAGUUGCCAUGAAUUAAGACCAAACUGGUACACCCAGCUCGGUUAAACGUCUCGUGGCUGGUUGGAGACAGAGAGGUGUCAGCCAUGUAUAACUCUGGGAAAUACAGCUCGCGGGGCCCUGCUCUCAUCCCACGGAUGAAAACCAAGCACCGCAUUUACUACAUCACCCUCUUCUCUGUGGUGCUGCUGGGACUAAUUGCCACCGGGAUGUUUCAGUUCUGGCCCCACUCCAUUGAGUCCGCAGCUGACUGGACCCUCGAUAAACGCAGUGUUCACGAUGCACCUCUGGUCCGCCUGCCUGUCUCCAGUCCCAUUCCUGAGAGGGGUGACCUCAGCUGUCGCAUGCACACCUGUUUCGACGUGUACAGAUGUGGCUACAAUCCUAAAAACAGAAUCAAGGUGUACAUCUACCCUCUGCAGAAGUUUGUGGAUGAGCUGGGGGUUCCCAUUAGCAGCACCGGACUGUCUCGAGAAUACAAUGACCUGCUCAGCGCCAUCUCUGACAGUGACUUUUACACUGAUGAUGUCACCAGGGCUUGUCUUUUUAUCCCAUCUAUUGAUGUGUUGAACCAGAACUCCCUGCGUAUCAGAGAGACUGCCCAGGCUCUGGCAUUGCUACCCAGAUGGGACAAAGGGAUGAAUCAUCUACUUUUCAACAUGUUACCGGGAGGCCCUCCAGACUACAAUACCGCCUUGGAUGUGCCCAGAGACAGAGCGCUGCUGGCUGGAGGUGGUUUCUCUACAUGGACCUACAGACAAGGUUAUGAUGUCAGCAUCCCAGUUUACAGCCCACUUUCUGCGGAUGUUGAGCUGCCUGAGAGACAACCUGGACCACGGCACUAUUUUAUUCUGUCCUCUCAAACGGCCAUCCACCGAGAGUACCGUGCUGAACUGGAGCGCUUGAAGGAAGAAAACGGAGAAGCACUGCUCCUCCUGGACAAGUGUAGCAACCUCUCUCAGGGUGCCGCCUCUGCACGAAAGCGCUGCUACAAGGGUCAGGUGUAUGACUACCCACAGAUCCUGCAGGAGUCUUCAUUCUGUGUGGUUUUGCGGGGGGCCCGUUUGGGUCAGGCUGCCCUCAGUGAUGUGCUGCAGGCUGGCUGUGUCCCCGUCAUCCUCGCUGACUCCUACAUUCUGCCAUUCUCUGAAGUACUUGACUGGAAAAGGGCAUCGGUGGUUAUUCCAGAGGAGAAGCUGUCAGAGAUGUACACCAUCCUAAAGAGUAUUCCUCACAGACAAGUUGAAGAGAUGCAGAGACAGGCACGCUGGUUCUGGGAGGCCUACUUCAGCUCCAUGAAGGCUAUUGGCUUGACAACGCUCCAGAUCAUCAAUGACCGCAUCUACCCAUAUGCUGCGCAAACGUACGAGCAGUGGAACAAUCCCCCUGUGGUGAAAUGGUCCAGUGUCAACAGCCCUCUGUUUUUGCCACUCAUCCCACCAAGAGCACCUGGGUUCACAGCAGUGGUGCUGACCUACGAUCGUGUUGAGAGUCUGUUCCGGGUCAUCACUGAAAUCUCCAAAGUGCCUAGCUUGGCUAAGCUGCUGGUGGUGUGGAAUAACCAGAACAAGAGUCCUCCUGAGGAGUCUCUUUGGCCAAAGAUUGGUGUUCCUCUCAAAGUCGUGCGAACUAAAGAAAACAAGCUGAGUAACCGCUUCUUCCCCUACGACGAGAUCGAGACAGAAGCCGUGCUAGCCAUCGAUGACGACAUCAUCAUGCUGACAUCUGAUGAACUGCAGUUUGGCUACGAGGUAUGGAGGGAGUUCCCAGACAGGCUGGUGGGCUACCCUGGCCGGCUGCACCUCUGGGACCAUGAAAUGGGGAAGUGGAAGUACGAGUCGGAGUGGACCAACGAGGUCUCCAUGGUCCUAACUGGAGCCGCCUUCUACCACAAGUACUUCAACUAUCUGUAUACAUAUAAGAUGCCUGGAGACAUCAAGAACUGGGUGGACGCUCACAUGAACUGUGAAGAUAUUGCCAUGAACUUCCUGGUGGCGAACAUCACAGGCAAAGCCCCCAUAAAGGUGACCCCCAGGAAGAAGUUCAAGUGCCCUGAGUGUACUGCCAUUGACGGACUGUCCCUGGAUCAGACACACAUGGUGGAGAGAUCUGAGUGCAUCAACAAGUUUGCAUCAGUUUUUGGUACGAUGCCUCUGAAGGUGGUGGAACACCGUGCAGACCCAGUGCUUUAUAAGGACGACUUCCCAGAGAAGCUCAAGAGCUUUCCCAACAUCGGCAGCCUCUGACCAGCCUGUGACAGAUGUUUGGACCCAGUCACAGCCUCAAAACUUCAACAUUUGUCACCGACAUCGUUUUUUUUCAGGACAUCAGUAUUCAGACAUAAAGUGGUACACGCUCCUGACACCUCUCAGUUCAAAUGACUGUCACUUUGAUUUUUAGAUUGAAUUGAAAAGGCAGAAUUGUACGGGACGUUAAGUUAAUAUCUUGACUGACAGGAGACACUGGAUUCUGGGGAUGGUGAUGAGAGUGACGUGCUUAUUUGGCUUAAAGUGAAAGAUAUUAUCUAACAUUUACCAAUACAAACGCACAGACCGCUGUUACAUGAACUGCUAUUGGAGGGUCCCCCCUGAGGCUGAUGUCUGAUGGACAGGCUGACUUACUGGAGACUUGUGGUCCUUCACUGUUACUGUCUUGGAACUGGAAACUUGAGGCUCCAGCUGCUCUGGAAUCAGCGUAUACAGUGUAUAUAUUUGUAUUUUUGCAGCAGUGCUGUAUAGUAGUCAUAAUUUAUGAUGUUCCAAGUAGAAUUUCUUUUUUUCUUCUUUCAAAAGCAGACAUGGACCUGAUUCUUUUAGCCGUACUGUAUUAAAAGAAAAAGUAAUAAAUGUCUAACUUACAUGAUAUAUAUUCAGGAAAUAUAGGCUACGUAGGCUUUAUCUAAUGGUUAAUUGAAUGUGAUAACACACAGCACAGUGGCUAACAGAUGAUGUACAGUCGAUGUUUCACAUGCUUUUUGUUUUAAUCAGAUUGGACAAAGCUGGUACCAUAAAUCUAAUAUUUAGAGUGAGUAACUGCUGAUUUUAAAAGACAUGCUGAGCUGCUGGAACAUCUUGAAUUGUAAUUUUAUACUGCCUGUGCAAACCUUUAUUUUUAUAUAUAUAUAUAUAUAUAUAUAAAGAAAAGAGAUGCUAAUUUAAGCAGCCAUUAAGCCAUUUCAUGAGCUGAGUUACGUGUGUGAACGCUACAUAAGCACAAUCACUUGCCAAGCAUUCAAAGACGCAUUCUGUAUAGUGAAUAAUAGAUAAUUCCCAAAUCCACACUUUUCCAAACUGAUGUGUAUAAACUGUUGACGCAAUGCUUUGUUUUUAUUUUUCCAUUAUAGCCGUAUUUCGUGUGUUUAUAUUUUCGUCCUUUUCAUCCCUAGUUGUCCCAGCUCCAGUGUUCAGGCCAUAAAACUGAGAGUGGUGCAGCCUUUAAGACACUGACAUUGCUUUGUGACAUUUUUAUUUGCUUUUUUUUUUUUUUUUUACUAUUAAUUCCAUAAGGUCAGUGAAAUUGUUUUAAAUUUUUUGACUGAGUUUAUAUAUCUACAUGUGUGUGUGUAUAUAUAUAUAUAUAUAUAUGACUUUGUAAUACAUGAUAAGUAAAAAAAAACCCACGUAUAUGUCUCAGUACUCUUUUCUCCAUCUUUGUGCGACUGAGGCGGGAAGAAGAUGAAGUAAGACAUUUUCCUUCCUUUUUUCACGUCUGUCUUUACUCCACUCUGUGACCGUCCAGACCCUCCGUGACUCGGACGAUCCACUGUUCCCUCCAGCCCGUCACCUGUUGUUAAUAUACGCCGCCUAAUCCACCCUGUUCAAUGUCAGCAGUUCAAAAGGGCGCAGUCCGUAUUUUUGUCAGCUUCAAUUAGUGUGAUACUCUUGCGGGUUGUGCGAUCUCAUUUCAGCACUCGUGUCCCUUCAAAGGCACUGAAUUGCGUGGGGAUUUCAGAAUGUGACUACAGGGAUGACACAAUAUUUUGGCAGGGUGGUGCAAUGCAAUAAGACACUGCAAAUUCAUUGGAUUUUUAACAACAGCAGACGUCGUAUUCGCAAGCUGUGGCCAACCGCUAUCUUUAUUGAUGAUGACUUCAAACGCUUUUCUUCAGACUGAGAGUGACUUAAAUAAUCUCUCGAUACUAACAGGAGAAUGGUUGAGUUUCUUCCAUGCUUCUAUGCUUUGUUAACAGCUAGAGCAAACCGCCAUCACCAUUACCUUUUACCCUCUAUCUUCUUUUGCUGUUUAAACCUUGUUACCAGGUUACAUUGUCAUGAAAUCAGAAACUGUUGUCCAGGCCUGAAAAUGGUUUGGAAUUUGUUUGUUUUGGAAAAGUUUUGUAGAAACAUUGUCUUGGCUUUUGUUUAAAAUGUGUUCAUAAAAAUCCCAAAACAUA